AUGGAAAUUCAAAAGGAAGCUACAGAAGCAUUUGUGCAAGGAUUAUUACCCGAAAUCGCUACGAGAUUACGAAUCGAAAAAUACACUUCAUUAGAAGACGCGAUUGAGAAAGCCAUACGCAUCCAGACAGAAAUUAAGGACGAGAAUGAACGAUUUCGAAGACACAGCCACAAUGACGAUAAAAAUCCUAAGCGAUGGGACAAUAGGAAUAGAAACGACAAUCCUCCUCAGGACAGACAGAAUAGUAAUGGACAUAAUAAUAAUAACCGGAGGACAGAUAAUCAGACUAACAGUCCCAGACGUUACGAAGAAAGACGCGGUGACCUCCGCGACCGUGACCGCGAACGUGAUCGCAACCGUAACCAGAACCCUGAAAAUGGGAAAACCUGCAGAUAUUGUAAGAAACCAGGGCAUCUAGUAGAGGAGUGUUGGAAACUCCAAGCUCGCAAAGAAUAUGAAAAGCGGGCAUCACAAAGAAAAGAGACGGAAACCAACCAGGCCCGUCAACGGACCGCGCGGGGCAGGGCCCGUCAACAACUCCAAAUCGCGGAACUUAUCCAAUAA